CAACCAGAAAAACAUGCCCGAGGCUGUAGCAAAAGCACACAUCGUCCCUCCACCGCCUUCCCCAAGCUAGCUAAUCUACCAGAGACUACCAGCGUAUACCCCCCACCCCCCCCUCGCGGCAGUUCGCCGCUCCAUGGGUGCGGCGCGUCCGCGGCGCUGGAAGCUCCCGUUCCACCGCACCACCAGCGCGCCGUGCUCGCCCUCGUCCAGGUCGUCGGCGCCGCCACCGGGCCCCGCCUCGCCCGCGCGCUCCGAGGCUUGGGUGGCCCAGCCGGUGCCCGAGGCGUUCCUGUGCCCGAUCUCCGGCGCGCUCAUGGCCGACCCCGUCAUACUGCCGUCGGGGAACACCUACGAGCGGGCCUGCCUCCAGGCCUGCGCUGAGCUCGCGUUCCUGCCUCCGGGCGCCGAGGCCGGGGGCCUCCGCACCGUCAUCCCUAACGCCGCGCUCAAGGCGGCCAUCGGCACCUGGUGCGCGCGCUCUGGACGGGCGGGGCCGCCGCCGCCGCCGCUCUCUGCCGAGGCGGCGAGGCAGGCCGUGCUGCGCGCUAUGCCUCCGGCGGCCGCCAGGACCACUGCCAGGCGCGUGGCGGCGGUGAUGGCCGCGAGCACAUCCAACUCGUCCACGUCGUCGUACGGGUCGGCCUCGGAGAUCACCGCGGCGGAGGACGAGGCGGAGGCGGAGGCGCCGGCUGACCCGCUGGAGGACGACGUGGUGGGCAAGGUGAUGCGCGCGGACGACGGCAGCGGCGGCGUGGUGGCCGCGGCGAUGGGCGCGCUCCGUGAGGCGACGCGGGAGGGCGCGGAGCGGCGGCUGGCGCUGUGCACGCCGCGCCUCCUCGGCGCGCUGCGCCGCGUGCUGCUGCUCCCGCGCCACGCCGCCGCCCGGGUGGACGCGGCGGCCGCCCUGGUCAACCUGUCCCUGGAGCCCGGCAACAAGGUGCGCAUCGUGCGCGCGGGGGCGGUGCCGGCGCUCGUCGAGGUGCUGCGGUCGGCCGCGUCGGCGCCCGAGGCGCGGGAGCACGCGGCGGGGGCGCUCUUCGGGCUUGCCAUCCACGAGGACAACCGCGCCGCCAUUGGCGUGCUGGGCGCGGUGCCGCCGCUCCUGGACCUGCUGGCGUCCCGCGCCCACCCGCCCCGCGCGCGCCGCGACGCCGGGAUGGCGCUCUACCACCUCACCCUCGCCGCCGUCAACCAGUCCAAGGUCGCGCGCUUCCCCGGCGCGCCCAAGGCGCUGCUCGCCGUGGCCUCGGGCGCCGCCGACCCGGGCCCCGUCCGGAGGCUUGCGCUCAUGGUGGCCUGCAACGUGGCAGCCUGCGCCGAGGGCCGCAACGCGCUCAUGGACGCGGGAGCCGUGGCGUCCGUCUCCGCCAUCCUCCUCUCCGACGGCGGCGCAGCGGCGGCGGCGGCGGGCCUGGAGGAGUGGUGCGUGUCGGCGAUGUACGCGAUGAGCCGUGGCAGCCUCCGGUUCCGCGGCCUGGCGCGCGCGGCCGGCGCGGACCGGGCGCUCCGGCGCGUGGUGGCCGACGAGGGCGGCGGCGUCCGGCGCGAGAUGGCUCGGAAGACCCUCCGCGCCAUGCGGGGCGACCUCGACAACGACGACGGCGGCACCGAGUAUAACAACGACCUGACCGGCAGCAGCGCCGAGUGCGAGGACUGCGGCGGGAGCAUCGUGUCGGACGGGCUCAUGUCGUUCAGGCGCCGGCAGCGCGAGCUCGGCAACACCGCCGAGUUCUGAGCCCUUCUCCGGCGACCGAUCCACGUCCAUUGUGAUGAAUGUUUUGUACUAUGUAAAUUGCUUGGUUUAGGUGUUAGACAUUUGUGCCGUGUCCGUGUGUGAGGAGCUGAUGAAAAAAACGUCCAUGGUUUUUGG